CUUGCUAAAUUAGUCUUUGCUUUCUCGGAGUCUCGAAGCAGCCCUGCUGUAACUCAGACAGGAAUUAAAGCCUGCAGGAGGGCUCCUGCAGGGACUGCUUUCUUAGCGCUUUUAAACUUUAAAUUGCAGGUCAGCUACACCCAGACUGGACAGAGUACAAGUGCCAUCCGGAUUCACCUCACUACAGGAGCCAUGAAGAUAGGAAAUUUCAAUCCGUAUUUUCCUCAUGGUCGACAAUUGAACUUAUAUGCAGACAUGAUUGAGUUGGCCACAGGAAGUAGAAAGAUGCCAUUCUCUGUGUGCAGUGCAGAUUGUGGUCCUGGAUUCAGAAGAUUGUCGAAGGAGGGAAUGGCAGUCUGCUGUUUUGUUUGCAACCCCUGCCUUGAAAAUGAAAUUUCUAAUGAGACAAAUAUGGAUCAGUGUAUGAAUUGUCCAGAAUACCAAUAUGCCAACACAGAACACAACGCAUGCAUUCAAAAAGGUGUGAUAUUUCUAAGCUAUGGAGACCCCUUGGGGAUGGCUCUUGCCUUAAUAGCCUUCUGUUUCUCUGCAUUCACAGCUGUGGUACUUUGGGUCUUNGUGAAGCACCAUGACACUCCUAUUGUGAAGGCCAAUAACAGAAUCCUCAGCUACCUAUUACUCAUGUCACUCAUGUUCUGUUUUCUCUGUUCCUUCUUCUUCAUUGGUCAUACUAAGAGAGCAACAUGUAUCUUACAGAAAAUCACAUUUGGAAUUUUAUUCACAGUGGCUGUUUCCACAGUUCUGGCCAAAACAAUCACUGUGAUUCUGGCUUUCAAAGUCAAAGAACCUGGAAGCUGGUUGAGGAGCUUCCUGGUGUCAGGAGCACGCAAGUAUAUUAUUCCCAUAUGUUUCCUAUUACAAUGUACUCUGUGUGCAAUCUGGCUAGCAGUUUCUCCUCCCAUUGUUUAUAUGGAUGAACACUCUGAGCAUGGACACAUCACCAUUGUGUACAACAAGGGUUCAGUUACUCCAUUCUACUGUGUCCUGGGAUACUUUGCCUGCCUGGCUCUUGGAAGAUUCACUGUAGCUAUCUUGGCCAAGAAUCUGCCUGACACAUUCAAUGAAGCCAAGUNCUUGACCUUCAGCAUGCUAGUGUUCUGCAGUGUCUGGGUCACCUUCCUUCCUGUCUACCAUAGCACCAAGAGCAAGAUUAUGGUGGCUGUGGAGAUCUUUGCCAUUUUGGCAUCCAGUGCAGGGAUGCUUGGAUGCAUCUUUGCACCCAAGAUCUACAUCAUCUUAAUAAGACUAGACAAAUCUAUCCAAAGGGUCAGGGAGAAAUCAUAUAUCUGA